AUGGCAUCCCAGGGCCAGGGACCACUGCUCAAGCAAUGUUUCGAUUUUCAUCUGCCGCCUUUGGAAACACAAGAACGCUUUAUCCAGGACCUAUGGCCUAAACCUCCUCCAGUUGCCCAAACUUGUGAGAGCAUUAAAGAAUGGAAUGCAUUUUUCAACUACGUUCAGUUUGAGUGCGAUCCAAGUCUGGGCCAACGAUACUGUCUCGCCACUUAUAAAGAUAUCAUUUUCGUCGUAAAUAUGCUACGGAACUAUCCUGAGGCUACUUUUACUGAAAUCCGAACUUCUAUCGAACGGGCCAGGCCACCAAUGGCCCAACAGAACCUGCCCGUAUCAAUAGAAUUAGCAGUUCGACUUUGGCUCAUGAUGAAUGUCCGCAAUGUUAUGCCUGUUGACUCACAUCAACUCCGGACAUCGAUACCAUGGCCAGAAAAUUCCAGCCUCAAACUCGUCCUCCAAACCCAUUUCAGGGGACGAACGACCACUCCCAGGGGCAGGUUCUCUGAGUAUCUCAACUUCUAUAACAUGAAAACAAUUGGAGGCAUCCGCGUGGAAUGGACGAACAACAUUGCACUUCAUUUGACGAUAAAAGGAACAUCCCUCUACGUGUUUCAUUGCGUUUCGGUAUUAAAAAGAAUCCGAGAAUCUCACACCGUGAUGUCACUCCUCCCUCAUGAUAUGAUUGACGAAACUCUCGCAACUAUCGACUUGCUUGCUCCACUAACGACAGCAAACUGCAACAGCUGGCUUGCAGACGAGAUCAAGCGAUGGCGACUUGAUCAAAACUUGAUGCAUCGCGAUCCUCCUCAACUAGAUAGGGUUCGCUAUUCUAUCUGGCUUGAAAACCUUCAGCAGAUCGAAGAAGCCUUUGAAGCGACAAAGCCCAGGAGCUUCAUCCAAUGGUGGCACGAUCGGCGUGACAUGCAACAGUGGUGGGGAUUUUGGCUUGUUGUUUCAGGCAUCUUCCUGACGGUGCUCUUUGGCCUAAUUCAAUCUAUUACCGGUAUCCUACAGGUCGGCCUUUGCUUAGUCGCCGCCACGGCCGCUCUCCAGGGCGUGUCAGCUCUUCAGAUCCCUCUCAACCUCCAAGUCCCCAAGCUCUCUUGGAAUAUCUUCGGCGAUGAUCUUCCUCUGGUAGAUACCAAGGAAUUGCAGAAGAGCAUCAAGCCUGAGAACCUUGAGGCUAGAGCAAAGGAUCUGUAUGAGAUUGCCAAGAAUGGAGAGGAGGAGUAUGGACAUCCGACCCGUGUCAUUGGCAGCGAAGGCCAUCUCGGUACGCUGUCGUACAUCCACGCUGAGCUCGCCAAGCUAGGCGGCUACUACUCCGUCUCGAACCAGCAAUUCCCCGCUGUUUCGGGCAAUGUCUUCGAGUCGCGUCUCAUCAUCGGCGACUCUGUCCCCAAGCAGGCAUCGCCCAUGGGUCUGACUCCUCCGACUAAGGACAAGGAGCCCGUCCACGGAACGCUUGUCCUUGUCGACAACGAAGGAUGCGACGAGUCCGAUUAUCCCGAGGCCGUCAAGGGCAACAUUGCUCUCGUCCUCCGUGGAACGUGCCCCUUUGGUACAAAGUCCAGCAAUGCUGGUAAAGCGGGUGCUGUUGCUGCCGUUGUGUAUAACUAUGAGAAGGACGAAGUUCAUGGAACUCUCGGUACCCCUUCGCCUGAUCAUGUUGCUACCUUUGGGCUUGGCGGUGAAGAGGGUAAGGCCGUUGCCAAGAAGCUCAAGGAUGGUGAGACGGUCGAUGCUAUUGCUUACAUCGACGCUGAGGUCAAGACCAUUUCUACCACCAAUAUCAUUGCCCAGACUCGGGGUGGUGAUCCCGACAACUGUGUUAUGCUUGGCGGUCACAGUGACAGUGUUGCCGAGGGCCCCGGUAUCAACGAUGAUGGAUCCGGCAGUAUCUCUGUGCUCGAGGUCGCCGUCCAACUGACCAAGUACCGCGUCAACAACUGCGUCCGCUUUGCCUGGUGGGCCGCCGAGGAAGAAGGUCUUCUCGGCUCCGACCACUACGUCUCCGUUCUCCCUGAAGAUGAGAACCGCAAGAUUCGUCUCUUCAUGGACUACGACAUGAUGGCCAGUCCCAACUUUGCCUACCAGAUCUACAACGCCACCAACGCCGAGAACCCCAAGGGUUCAGAGGAGCUGCGCGAUCUGUACGUCAACUGGUACGAGGAGCAGGGCCUCAACUACACCUUCAUCCCCUUUGACGGUCGCAGUGACUACGAUGGUUUCAUCCGUGGUGGUAUCCCCGCCGGUGGUAUCGCCACAGGUGCCGAGGGUGUCAAGACAGAGGACGAGGUCGAGAUGUUUGGCGGUGAAGCCGGUGUCUGGUAUGAUAAGAACUACCACCAGAUCGGGGAUGAUCUGACCAAUGUGAAUUACACCGCGUGGGAGGUGAACACCAAGCUCAUCGCCCAUUCCGUUGCAACAUACGCCAAGUCGUUCAAGGGUUUCCCCGAGCGAGAGAUUGAGACGUCUGUCCAGGGUUACUCUGACAAGACCAAGUACCACGGCAGCAAGCUCUACAUUUAA